UCAAAGUCCAGAACAGUUCUGCUUAUUAACCAUUGUAGUUUACUCUCUGUCUUCAAAAGAGGACUGCAACUUGUAACAGGAGGAAGAUGUUUCAAAAGAUGUCAGUGAUCUGUAUUCUACUGGGGGCCGCUUUCUGUGGAUCUAUGGUGGCUGCUGGGGUCAUAAAAGAGAUUGACUGUGGUCCCGUUGGGGAAUUAAUGAAUGGAUAUUUUGAAAUACCAGUGGGAACCACUUUUGGAAAUGUUGUACAUGCAGUUUGCAACGAAGGGUAUAAUCUCAUCGGCAGUGUAACCAGGGAGUGUCAAGCUAAUGGAAAGUGGAGUGAUGCUGAACCCUACUGUGAAGUUGUGAAAUGUGAAGAUCCUCCUGAAAUCCCUGAUGGAGAAAUUGUCAACCCCCGUGAAGAAACAGUGACAUUCAGCUCAGUUGUAAUCUACAAGUGUAAAAAGGGUCAUCUGAUUGGCCAUCGAACGAUAUACUGCACAGCGCAUGGAAAUUACAGCAAUCCUCCUCCCCAAUGUAAAGAAAUCCACUGCCCUCUGGUCCCUGUGGAAAAUGGCAGGAUUUCAGCAGGAUUCGGAUCAUCUGGCUAUAGGAGCGUUGUCACUUUUGCCUGUAAUGAUGGCUACAUGCUGGAAGGGAGUGACACCAUCAUGUGCCAAGAAAAUGGGCAAUGGUCUUCCAAACCACCUACCUGCAGUAAAAUGAGUAUUUGCAGACUUCCAAAUAUUGAAAAUGGGUGGGUGACAAAUAUUAAUCCUCCAUACACAUAUGAUGACUCUAUCGAAUUUGCUUGCAAACUUGGAUAUAUUCUUAAAGGAAAAAAAAGAGUAUCUUGUAUAAAAUACGACACAUGGUACCCUUCACCUCCAAAAUGUGAAGAAGAUCCCUGCCAAACUGAUGGCUUCUUCAAUAAAAUAAAAUGUUUUUUUAACUGACUUGAAGAUGCAGCUUCAGAUCUGACGUUAGGAUGAUUGAGCCCAACUCCAUGAACUGAAUUAAUGCAAAGCAACUCAGAUGUACUUUUGACCAGAAUGGGUUAGUUUAACACACCAACCUGAACUGAUGUGCCUACCAGACUCAACAACAUUUUCUAUAUUGGAAAACCUCAUGUUCCUCAUCUUAGCACUAACUCAAUGUGAAGAUUGAUCCUGGAUUGGCCAUCACUGUCAGUAGCUUUCAGUUCACACAAGCCCAUUUCUUGUGGGGGUCUCUGACACAAUGUAAGACACUUGCAUAUUUCCCUUUGAAUCUUUCAUUUGAAUGUCCUCCCAUCCAGAAUUGUGACCAACUGGAGUGAUUUUUUUGUACUAGCCUGAUCUUAGACUGCUCUAUCUUCAUCUUGGUCUUGAGGACCAGCUGUUUUUGCUGCCCCCAGAAUUUCUUAAAUAAACACAGGUUCCAGUCUUCAGUGAAA